AUGGGGGGAGUGAUAGAAGAACGCGCCGUUCCGCAGGCCCCGCCUUUCGUGGGCGUGACUUCGCUUGAGGCAGCGGUGGCGGGGCGGGAGCGGCCGCAGCUCCGGGAGGGCCCCGGGAGCUCCGGAGCUGCCCCGGAGCCCGCGUGCCCCCCGUGCCCCUGCCCGCAGUGUCCAUUGUCCGGCUCUCGGACCCCCCACCCCCCUCACUGCUUCACCCGGACCCUGCACGAGCUGAGCUGCGCUUGGGACACGGCCGGACCCCCGGACCCCCGGCGCUUCCGCUUCCAGUUCCGCCUGGAGCAGGACCCGUGGCAGGACUGUCCCCUCCGUGCCACCGCUCUGUCCCCGAGGGGGGGGUCCCGCUUCUGGUGCUCCCUGCCCCCGACCGCCACCGUCACCUUCGUGCCCCUCGAGCUGCGGGUGCUGCCCGCCCCCCCCGGGACCCCCCCCGGGACCCCCCCCGGGACCACCGGGACCACCGAGAGCCCCCCUUGGGCCACUGGGACCCCCCCCAUAAGGACGGAGCCCCCUCCCCCCGUGCCCCCCCUGUUCCACCGGACGAUCUUCAUCGAUCAGCUCGUGCUGCCGGGACCCCCCCAGAACGUGUCGGUGUCGCCGGGGGGGGGUCGGGGGGAGCUGUGCGUGCGCUGGGCCCCUCCCCCCGGGCCCUACCUGCACUCCAGCCUCACCUUCGAGCUGGCCCUGAGCCCCCCGGGGGGACCCCCAAAAACGGUGGGGGUCCCGGCGGGCCGCAGGGAGCAGGGGGUCGGGGGUCUCCGGGCCAGCACCCCCUACUCGGUGCGGGCCCGGGCCCGGCCGGACGGGCUCAGCUAUGGGGGGUUCUGGAGCCCCUGGUCCCCCCCCGGCACCGCCAGCACCGCCCCCGAUCUGGACUCGCUCACCCUGGGGCUCUCGUGCCUGCUGGUGCUGCUGCUGCUGGGACUGGGAGUACUGGGAGUGCUGGGACACCGCCGGACCCUCCAGGCCAAGCUGUGGCCGCCGGUGCCGGGUCCGGAGCGCGAGUUCGAGGGGCUCUUCAGCUCCUACGGCGGAAACUUCCAGCUGUGGCUGUGCCAAGGGCCGGGCUCCCCCUGCGCCCCCCCCGCCCCUCCCCCACUGGAGGCCGAGGACUCCGUGGAGGAGGUGGGGGAGGGGCAGGGGGCUCCCCCAGUUCCGGACCCCUCCCCCACCGACCCCCAGACCCCUCCCCCAGGCCCGGCCCCCCCCGCGGGCCCCUCCCCCUCCCCCAGUUUCGAGUACACGCUGUUCGAGCCCGGCUCCGCCCUGCUCCGCCCCUCCCCCGCCACCCCUCCCCCACCUCCCCCUACGCCAACCUCGGACCCCCCCACAAAGGCCCCGCCCCCAAGUGGGAGGGACACGCCCCCCACUACGUCAUCUGCUCCUGACGUCACACGGAAAGGAUGGGUGACGUCAUCGCGGAAGGGACGCGGCACGGUGACGUCACAUAGGCAAGAUGGAUGACGUCAUCGCGGAGGGGGGGAACAGUGACGUCGUCACGGAGGAGAUGCGCCUGUGACGUCACGUGCCGCGCAAUAACUGCAAUGACGUCAUCGGAGGGGACGCGGCACGGUGACGUCACACAGAGAGGACGGAGAUGUCAUCGCAGAAGGGACUCGAGAUGACGUCACACAGGGCACAAUGACGUCACCGCGGAGGGGACGCGUCACGGUGACAUCACACACCGGAACAAUGACAUCAUAACGGAGGGGAUGUGUCACAGUGAUGUCACAUGGACAGGACAGGUGACAUCACCACAGAGAGAACACAUCACGGUGACGUCACAGGAGGGACCGAUGACAUCAUUGCAGAGGGGACACAACAGUAACAUCACACAGAAGGGACUGAUGACAUCAUCACAGCAGGACCCUGUCACCGUGAAGUCACACAGGAGCACGGUGACGUCAUCGCGGGGGGACACGUGACACGGUGACAUCACACAGGAGCACGGUGACGUCAUCGCGGGGGGACACGUCACACACGAGGACCCAAAGGGAGGGGGAGGGGACCCGGAAUUUCUCCUGCUUUGGGUUUUUAAUGAUUUUGUACAAUAAAAGUGACACUGGGCCUGGC